UCUCCUGAUGUAGCGAUAGUUUGUCAAAGCGCGUUAGGAGGGAGAAAAGAAAGUCAAGGGUUGUUUGUUUUUUUGUCUUUUUCAAGAAAUAAGUUUGGACAUGAAAGCACUCAAGUGGUAGAAAAGUCAUCUGAAUCUUUUCUUCCCCCCCGAGUGUGCGGCAUCAUGAAGCCACUGCUGCGCUCCGGCGUCUCUGUGUGGACUCUGCUGGUCUUCAGCGCUCUGCUCAAGAUCUCUGAGGCAACAUGUCCCCCUAAUGUAUGUGAAAGCGAUCCUGCAAAAAAUGUAACAACAAACACAACGGCUGUCACAUUUGACUCAACACCAAAAUGCAACUUAUCCAUUGAGGGCGGCCCCUCUGGAAAAGGUUCAAUAACUGAUUUGAUUCCUGGAACAGUCUAUGAAAUCAACUUUAGCUGUUUGAACUGCUGCAAAAGUUUCACAACGAAGCCUGAAGCUGUCAGGCAUCUCACUGUCACUGAAAUCACAACAUCCUCUGUGUUUCUGAACUGGACUGAACCAGAGGGAAAGGUCUCUUUCUAUAGAGUACAGUGGACUGAUGGAACUGAGAGAGUGAAUGAAACACAGACAACUAUCACAAGCCUGACUCCUGGUGUCCAGUAUAAAAUAACUGUUACUACAGUGGCAGAUGACAACAUUACUGAAGGACAGAGUACAUCUGUUACUCUAUACACAAAACCUGGUAAAAUCAUGGAGCAUAAAGUGAACAUAACAACCUUCUCCAUCUCUCUGACCUGGAACUCACCUCUUGGUGAGGUGUUUCAGUACAAGGUGGAGUGGCAUAAUGGUGGAUCGCCGAUGUCCAGAAACACAAAUUCUACCUCUACUGUGCUAUCAGACCUGAUACCUGGCACCAACUACACAGUCACAAUCAUUGCUUUUGCCGGAGAUAAUACAUCAGGAGAGCCUUACACAUUCACGGUAGUCACAAAUCCUGCUGUGGUCAGGAAUCUCUCAGUCACUGAGGUCACAACAUCCUCUGUGUUUCUGACCUGGACUGAACCACAGGGCAAUGCUUCCUCGUACAUAGUUCAGUGGACUGCACCAGCAGACAGCUUAAAUAGCACGACUACAAAUACGUCCUUUACUAUUGAAGAUUUAACACCUGGAUUUGUGUACAACAUUUCAGUGAUUGCUGUUGCUUCCUCAAAUAUAGGAGAAAGGAUCACAAAAACUACCUACACAAGACCUGAAAAGCCUGUGAAUAUUACGGUUGAAGAACAAGGAACUACUAACCUCAAUAUCAGCUGGACUUUGCCUAAAGGAAGGGUUGAUCACUAUGUGGUGAACAUCUUAAAUGAGGGAAAUAAUAAAACAAAAGUCAACACGGCUCACAUUUCUGGUUUAAAACCCGGGAGAGUCUUUGUCAUCACAGUGACCGCUGUGGCUGGAAACUUCAGUGACACGUCUGAGAAGUCAUUUAUUGCCACUUAUCCCACACCUCCUGGUUCACCCACCAUUAGCGGUAGGACAAACUCUUCGCUCCGUCUGAAUUGGCAGACUCCUGCUUUGAUGGAGGACGUUCCAAACAUCAGCUACCAUAUCACCUACCAGCCAGAGGGAGGAGAAGCAAAUUCCACCGUCAAUAACACAGAGCUGUCCCCGCUUUCCUCUGGAACUUCCUACAACAUAACUUUGGAAACAGUUGGACCACACAAUUUAAGGAGCACAGUUGUCUUUAUUUCUGCUUUCACCCUUCCCAACCCUGUGUUGAACCUUAAGGCCAGCCCUAAAUCCACCACCUCAGUAGAAGUGAAAUGGUCAUUGCCGCAGGGAGUCCAACAGUAUUACAAAUACUUGGUUCAACCCUACAAUACUAUAGGAGUGUUAGAAGGAAUAGUUACAGUCAACAGCAGCACUGAAGUACCAAACCUGGAGCCAGGAACAGGAUACAGUAUCAAUGUCACAACAAUAGCAGCAGAAAAUAUUGAAUCCACGAAGGAACAGACAUUCAGUUACACAAUGCCCAAAGCAGUGACCAACCUCACAGUGGAGAAUGUGAGCACGACAUCCAUCCGGCUGACGUGGCUCAAUCAAAGUGAUCACAAGCCUUCCUACUCCUACUGGGUGAUAGCGUACCAGGACGGCAUUAUGGUUCAGAAUAAGUCAACUGAGACUACAAAUUACACCUUCUUCGCUCUGACCCCUGGAAAAUUCUACACUUUUAAUGUGUUUACAGUCGUAGAGGGGGUCAAGUCAACGAUGACAACAACAUCACAUUACACAAUGCCUGAAGUAGUUUCUGACAUCACAGCCAUAGGAAGCACAACUAACAUGUCAGUGAGCUGGACGAAUGCAAUAGGGCAGGUGGCCUCCUACACUGUCUGGCUAUACAAAGAGUCAGACAGCCAGUUUGUGAAACAUGUCUUGGAUCUGAGUAACUCUACUCGAAACACUCUGUUUAUGAACUUGACAUCAGGAGUGGUUUACUGUGUGGUAGUUGUCACCAAGAGUGGCCCUUUUGAAAGUAACUCUACAAGUGUUUGCAACGCAACAUUUCCCAACCCUCCUGGACCCAUCAUGGCUUCUCAGACUGUGAAUUCCAUCAACUUUACUUGGCCGCAGCCAAAGGACAUGGACCAUCAUCAGUACAACUUCAGUGUGUCCACCUCUAAUCGGUCCUUUCUGACUGAAAACAACUGGUUCCUGCUGGACAAUCUUCUGUCUGGAAGCCCCUACAACAUCACUGUUGUUACUGUAGGCGUGUUGAAAUAUGAGAGCACAGAAGUGACAGCAGAAUAUUAUACCAAACCAUAUCCUGUAACCAUGCUGAAUGAGACAGAAAUUACCACAGAUGCAGUGACCUUGGUGUGGGUGCAGCCAGAGAGCAAACCCCACUACUCGUAUAAGGUGCAGAUCUCCAACGGCUCCAUUUUUGCAUCUAGGAAUGUCUUUAAUACCACAGACACAAUCACUGGACUUCUCUCAGGGAGCAACUACAGCUUCAUUGUCACUACACAGACCAAAGAUUUCACUCAGGCAGAUCCUGUGACAGUGUCCUACUUUACACGGCCAUAUAGUAUUCGUUCAUUGGAGGUUGAAACUUUAAACACAACUGCUAUACACCUGAAUUGGAUGGAACCACUGGAGUACAAGAAUCAAUAUACAUAUCGGGUCGAGACUACAGGCUGUGGCUACCAAAACAAUUCGCUCACGGAAGACUCACAGAUCACAGUCUCAGAGCUCACCCCCGGGAGCAACUGCACCUUCUGUGUGUUUGUCAGGGCAGGGAAUGGCAUCGAAGGGGGAGCAAGCUGCACUUCUCAGUACACUAAACCUGAGAUGGUACAACCCAGUAUCUCCAGCCAGGGCUGCAAUAGUUCAGUCUGGGUGUCAUGGACCAAACCUCUUGGGAAAGUGGAGUCUUAUAAGGUUUAUCUAAACAUAAGUUCUGAACUUUUCGAGAAGCAUUUGCUGAGCUCUGAGCUGAACGAUACCAUGUGGCGAUUUGCGAACCUGUCCGCUGGAAUGCUUUACUCUGCCAGGGUGAUCACUUAUAGCGGACCCUUCAACGCGUCAUCUGGAUUCGUCACCAAUGCAACUUUCCCUAAUCCUCCCGGGCCAAUUGAGAUCCAGAAAAAGACGAACAGCUCCAUCGCCAUCAGCUGGAAGGAAGCUCCUCUGAUGACCGAUGCAUCAUUCCGCUACCACUUGACUAACACGCCACCCCAUGGAGACGAAUAUGACUCUACCAUGAACACCAGUCAUACUUUUUCCUCCCUGCUUUCUGGGACUCCCUAUAACAUCUCCGUGGCAACAGUGGGUGUCAUGGGUUUUGAGAGUGAGAAGGUUCAGAUCUCCAUGGUCACCACAAGACCGUUCAGUGUGAAGAAUAUCAGUACUUCUACAGAAGAGGGGAACAUCACGGUCAUGUGGGGCAAUCCUGACCAAUACAAGGAAAGCUAUCGUUACAAUGUGACCUGGCAAAGCCCUGAUAAGGACGAUACUAACUCAGUACUAAUUGAGGGGACUGCACAUACAAUCAAAAACCUGGUUCCUGGGAGCCCAUAUGGCUUCAGUGUUACCACAGAGACGUCUGAUAGAACAAACGGGGAACCAAGUUGGAUAUCCGACUGCACAGAUGCAAGCCCAGUGAUAAAUUUAACAUGCGAUGGUCCAAACAAAGCGAACGCAGAACUCAACCUGCGCUGGACCACUCCCAAUGGCAAUCACACUGGCUUCCAGAUCAGUUUAAACAACAGUAUCAUCAACUCUACAAGCCUCUGUUGUAAUAACAUUGUGUCCAACCUUCGUCACUACACUGAGUACAAGGUGGUUUUGAAGACUCUGAGCUGUGGAAAACCCAGCACUGCUGUGUCUCUAUUCUGCAUGUCAGGCGUUACAAACCCACCUAUUCCAACUGACUUACAAGGACUGCUGGACGAGAGUGCAAAGUUAUACAACAGGUUCUCCAUUGAGAUUUACGGCACACGGCUGAACAGCACAAAUGGGCCAAUCACAAAUAUUGGUGUGCUGGUGACAGAUAACGAUGUGGGCACUUCUAAUUUGACAACGUACUUGGGGAAUACUUAUGAGCAGUGGAAGGCAAAGAAAACUUCAGGAUACCUGGCAACAGUCACAGACACCAACUCCCAGACACGCAGUGGAGAGGGUACUGUCAGCAUACACGUAGGAGAUGAAUCCAAAUGGGAGGGCUACACCAAUGGCCCUCUGGACACUGGAAAAUACAAAUAUGCUAUUGUGUUGUUCACAUAUCUGAUUCUGAAUAACAAAGACGUCAAUAUUCAAGAGUCAGUGUUCUCAAUAACACCCGUGUACCAAAUUAUACUGCCAAACAACCCAGCCAUUGUCACUGGCAUUGCUGUCGGAACAACAUUGGGAAUUUUUUGCGUUCUCUUCAUCAUCCUCAUCGGCUUCAUUAUCUACUGGAAAAGGUUGUCCCAAAAAGAAUCAUCAGACAUCGAGAUUCAUGCCAUGAGAGCCAAAGUAAGUGUGGCUGUGAGGGUGGAGGACUACGAGGCGUACUACAGGAAGCAGAAAGCAGACUCCAACUGUGGCUUUGCUGAAGAGUUUGAGGACCUGAAGCCUGUUGGUACAGGCCAGUCGAAAACAAAUGCUCUGACUGUGGAUAAUAAGCCCAAGAACCGCUACAACAACGUGCUACCCUAUGACUCUUCUAGAGUGAAACUCUCUAUAAUCCAUGGGAGUCCAUAUGACGACUACAUCAAUGCUAACUACAUGUCGGGUUACAACUCCAGGAAGGAGUUUAUUGCAGCUCAGGGUCCUUUGCCCACCACAGUCAACGAGUUCUGGAGGAUGAUCUGGGAGAAGAAUGUACAGACUCUGGUCAUGCUGACACGCUGUAAUGAACAGGGACGAGUAAAAUGUGAGAAAUACUGGGAUUCUGGCACCAAGCAUUAUGAAAACAUCACUGUGACAACAACCUCUGAAAUACCACUUGAAGACUGGACCAUCAGGGACUUUGACAUUAAAAAUGUGAAAACAGCAGAGACCCGUACGGUGCGCCACUUCCACUUCACAGCCUGGCCAGAUCACGGAGUUCCAGAGACCACCGAGCUUCUCAUCAGCUUCAGACAUUUGGUCAGAGAGCACAUGGACCAGUACUCCAGGCACUCCCCUACUGUGGUCCACUGCAGUGCUGGUGUUGGGCGCACAGGUACCUUCAUAGCCAUUGACCGAUUGAUCUUCCAGAUUGAAAGGGAAAAUAUCGUGGACGUGUAUGGCAUCGUUCAUGAUCUGCGCAUGCACAGGCCCCUCAUGGUGCAGACGGAGGAUCAGUAUGUGUUCUUAAACCAGUGUGCCAUGGACAUCAUCAGAUCAAGAACUGGAACCAAUGUGGAUCUAAUCUACCAAAACACUGCUGCACUCUCUAUUUACGAGAAUGUUCAACCAAAGAAAGAUUCUCCCAAAAGUGGGUACCAUGCAUAGGCCUGAGGUCCUCUACUCUUUAUUCUUAGAAAGAAACUGAGCAGACAUUUGUAAAGGGAACGCCUUUAACAGAUUGUGCUGUAUUUAUUUUUUAUACCUGUCACGCUUCUGUUAAGGAACCUUGUAGCUUUUUUCUGGAUUUAAACCUCUAUUUUGUGGUAUUUAUUUGUUAGAAAUGUUGAAUGUUUGAUAAAGGAUGGGACUGUAUGUGGAGAUACAAUAGAAGACAUAAUCAAUGACCAAAAAUAUUUGGAUUUUAGAUUUAUAUGUAAACUUAAACUUGGAUUCUCUCUUAUUAAUGCAGGUUUUUUUAUUGCUCAGUUUUUUUUUAUUUCUGCUUGUUUACUACUGUAUAUGACUUACUGAUGAUUAUAUGUUUUGCUCAGGUAAUAUGUUGGAUGCUGUAUAGGUAUUAUUACAGACACUUUGAUCAAAGAAAAGUUUGUAAUUAUUAAACCUUUGGAAUUGCCUUAUAC